AUGAAGUACAGCCUAUCGGGUAGACGUAAUAUUGUUGCAGAUGUGCUAUCACGUUAUCCUCCUGGUGGCGAUUUAAUACAAGAGGAUAAAAAUAAUAGUUUAGAAAUUGCUUACAUAGAGAGCGAACCGAAUAUUGAGUUGAUAGAAAAAUUAAAAUCCUUAUCAGUAUAUCAAUUACAAGAUUCAGAGUCGUUGGCUAUUAUUGAAAAGUUAAAGAUAUUAAAUACUUCCAUAAUAAAACAAAACAAUAAAUUUAAAAGGUAUAGUUUGAAAAAUGAUGUAUUGUAUUACAAAACUAAUUUACAAGAAGUAAUAUAUUUACCUAAAGCAUUGAGACAAGAUAUUAUAAAUCAAGUGCAUGUCGAAAUGGGUCAUCAAGGACCCUAUAAAUUAUCUAAGAAAAGCAAAAUAACAUAUGUGAGUCCCUGCAAAUCUAUAAUAACAGAAAACAUUGGCGAUAUAGUCAUGGCAGACUUAUAUGGACCACUUGCAUCAGGUACCUUUGGGUACACUUUCAUAUUUGUCAUUCAAGAUUCAUUCAGUAAAUUUAUCAAAUUAUAUCCUUUAAAACAGUCAACAGCAAAGUCUGUUGUAACAAAAGUAAAGCAUUUUGUUGAGAUUAUAAAGCCCAAGGCAAUAAUGACAGAUAAUGGAAAACAGUUCAUAAGUAAUCACUGGAAACAAUCAAUGAGAGAUAUAAAUAUAAAGCCAAUAUAUACCACAGUUAGAAAUCCUAGACCAAAUACAACAGAGCGAGUAAAUAAAGAGUUGAGCAGAUUAUUUAGGACGCUUUGUCAUACUAACCACAAAGAUUGGGCGUUAAUAUUGCCGAAAUUAGAAGAAUUGUAUAAUAAUUCUUAUCACAAUAGUACAGGCUUCACGCCUUGUGAGAUUCUUUACGGUGAGUCUAAUGAGAUGUCUUUUGACAAAGUAAUUUCCAAAAGUAAAGACAAACAUAAUGUCGAACAAAUUAGACAACAAGUGCGAAAAAAUUUAAAAGAGGCAAGUCGAAUAAGAAACACAAAAUUUGAUAAGCGAAAUAGAUUAAUAAAAUAUAAUAUUGGUGACUUAGUAAAAAUUUCAAGAUCUAGUAGAUCAGACGCUGAUAAUAAAGAUAUGAGUAAGUUCAAUUUGGCAUAUGAAGGACCUUAUGUAAUAGCAGCCGUACCAUUUGACAAUGUAUAUACCUUAGCAAAUCCAGAGACAAACGAAAUUAGAGGAAUUUUCAAUGCUAUUCACUUAUUAAAAUAUUUUAAAUAA